UCGUCGUCAUCGUCACUUUGUCUCGUCUACCUUUUAAAAACCCUCUCUAAACUAAAAUCUAUGUCUCUCUUCAACAAAUCCACACUUCAAACAAUUCCUCUCUGUUUCUACGAUCUGGUUUAAUGGGUUUUAGCAAAGAAGAGAUUAGUAAAACCAGAAAGCUUUCGUCAUCUCUAUGGAGAGGUAUCAAAACUGUAUUCGUUUUGUUCACAAUGUUCCUCUCUUUUCUCCUCGUCUCUGCUCCGAUCUUCCUCGCCGUCGCCGAUGCUCUUCUCCCUUCCGCUCUCCUCCACCGCUUCUCUUCGCCGGCGAAUCUCUCUUCUCAUCUCACCAACUACGAUUUCCGUCACUCUCUCAUCGAUAUUCCUUUAAUCUCAAUCAUUAGAUCCGCUGUUAUACUCUGUGUUUAUGGACUCUGUGAUGGACCAAAACUAUCUAGAGGACCGUAUCUGACAGUCACCAUGAUUUGCUCAGUUUCGUCUCUAGUCUACGUUUCGUUAAAAGCUGCGUUUGUGUUCGGCGAGCCGUCCAUCGGAGACGGCGGAGGAAACUACUUCAGAGCGGCGGAAGUGGCUCUGUUCCUCUGCUCGUCAGUCUUAGCCAUAAGUCACAUCAUUGUGGCGUAUCGAACAAGUUGUAGAGAAAGAAAAAAGCUUCUCGUCUUCAAAAUCGACAUUGAAGCCGUUUCGGCUUGUAAAAACGUUUACCCGAGAUACCAAAAGAUUCUACAACAAGAGAGACUCAAAUAGAGACGUAUUUUCAAGAGAAUCAAUACUUAUAAAUAUGUAUACACACAUAAAUGACACAUACCUCAACAUGUAAAUAUAAAAAUACAACGUAUAAAUGUAGCUUCUUCUUCUGCCUUUCGGUGUUGACCCAUCAACUCCUUCGCUUUUAAGUUUCAGAAGGAUCCAAAGCGAAAGGAAUAGAUAAGGAAUGAAGAUUAAUUAUAUAACCUAUGCUUUUUUAAAAUGAGACAACUCAGAUCAACUGGCAGAUAUUAGCUUUAACAUUAGAUUAGUAAGGGCGAUUUGUGAAUAAUCCAGAGUUCAUUAAUGAGAAAAGAAGCCCAAGGCAUCUUUUGUUUUGUC